AUGGCUAAAUCAAGAUAUGAAUAUGUUAAAGAAUUUGAACAAGAUAGAAUAUUAUUACCAAACACAUUCAUAGUGAUUCGUAUAGAUGGUAAAAGUUUCCAUAAAUUUUCAAAAGAUUAUAAUUUUAUUAAACCAAAUGAUUUAAGAGCCCUGAAAUUAGCAAAUGCAGCAGCUAUAAAUGUCAAAAGAUCAAUAAAAGAUGUUAUAUUAGCAUUUGGAGAAAGUGAUGAAUAUUCAUUUAUAUUAAAACCUGAUACACAAUUAUUUAAUAGACGUGAAUCAAAAUUAAUUUCAACAUUUGUUAGUAUAUUUACAGGUAACUAUAUUGCAUUAUGGUCAAAAUUUUUCCCAGAUAGUCCAUUAAAUUUAAAUAAUUUACCAAGUUUUGAUUGUCGAGCUGUGGCUUACCCUAAUUUAUCUAUAUUAAAAGAUUAUAUUCUUUGGAGAUUUGUUGAUACACAUAUAAAUAAUUUAUAUAAUACAACAUUUUGGACUUUAGUGGAGAAAGGUGGAUUAACAACCCAGGAAGCUGAAACAAGAUUAAAGGGAACACUUGCAAGUGAUAAAAAUGAAAUAUUAUUUAAAGAAUUUGGUAUAAAUUAUAAUGAAGAACCUGAAAUUUUUAAAAAAGGUUCAUUAAUUUAUAAAGAUGAAAUUUUACAUAUUGAUGUUUUCAAAAAAAUUGAUGAAUUAUUAAAAAAUUAUGAAUAG